UUCAAAGUUCGAACAAACGGUGGGCAGGCUUCUGAGUCUCAGACUCUGACGCCGCUUAGAGCAUCCAAGCCGUAUCUUUCCCAAAGAAAAUCGAGGAAAGAAAGCUAGAGAAAGUGCGAGAAAAAAAUAUGGUGGCGGCUGCUUCUCGGAAAUGGGGCUACGUUCGGAUCAUCACCGGCACUAUUCUUGGUGGUGUUCUCGGCUUCUACGUCAUGCACCGCGUCGAAAUUAGCUACAAGGAGAAAAUGAAUGAGAGACUGAAAAAGUAUGAAGCCGAAUUGAAGAAGAGAGAGAAGAUGAAUGAGCUCGAGGAGUCCCUGUAAAUUUGGAGGCUUAACGAGAUUUUUGUUGUUAAUUUUGUUUUCCUGGUAGUGUAAGGUUACAGAGAAUUUUCGGGAAAAGCGAAAUAAAUGAAAUUUUGACUUAUA